CAGUACAAAGCUGUGCAGCCUCUUUUCAUGUCACUUUCAUUGAGUGGAGGGCCACCGUGUGAGCUCUAUAAAGAGGCUGUGCCCAUUCAAGGGACUAAAGAGGACAAAGCUGAGCUCGCCGUGGUGCCACACAGACUCACAACCAAAAGAGGAACGAAGCAAAGCAACAAGGGAGGGCUCAAGAGAACAAGAGGCGGGGAGUGAAUUAUGUUAAAUUCAUCUGCUGAAUACAUUUACUGGAAACUGAUCAAAAACUAGACCUCUGUUCAGAGACAUUUCACUUACUUAAAGAGAUAAAGUGACGAAUAUCACAUAUAGUUGCUGCCUGAAGACAUGCUUUGAGUCUUAUCAGAAUAAUACAAAACACUAUGCAGGGCUCAAUAUGCAUCAGUUUGCAUGAAAAUAUUUAAGAAGAUGCACUUUACUUUUAUGUGCACAUCACAGACUGACACCAUGGAUGAAGCUGCAUGUUGGUUUCCUUCUUCUUCUGAUGGAGCUCUGCAGUAGGAUGCAGGUCUGUGUCUCCAUCUGUUUAUCACAGAUGACUUCCCUGGUCUGCUCGCUCAUCCUGUUUGGCUCGGCAGUCGCAUCUCCUCUGGGUUUGGAGGAUGUUUUCUUUAGUCCCGAGGACCAGACGGUGAAAGAAGGAGAAUCUGUUUUCCUGCAGUGUGUGUCUGGAGAAAGUUCGCCUGCAGCAAACAUCUCAUGGCUCAAAGACGGACGGAUAGUCACAAGAGGCAGACAGUUUCAGGGGGAAUAUGGAGGAGGACAACAGAAGAAAACUUCAGGCACGCUGCACCUCUUCAAUGUAACAUUACAGGAUGAUGGGAUAUAUGUUUGUGUCGCACAAAACUCUCUGCUGAACAUCAGCAGGAGGAGUAAACCAGCUAAGCUAACUGUGGAAGGUGUUCCUCUGCAUCUGAAGCUCGUCCAGGGCCCUGACAACAUCACGGUUACCAUGGGAACUGAGGUCUCCAUGCAGUGCACAGUCCGUGGCUUCCCUGUUCCCAUGGUGAACUGGUUCAAAGACGGCUGCCUCCUGUCGAGCUGCUCGGCCACAUUCAGCCUCCUGAACAAUGGGCAGCUGCUCAUACUGAGAAAUGUGACAAAGCAGGACGAAGGCUGGUAUCACUGUGAAGCAUCAAACCAGGAGGAGACUAUCAAGUCACAGUCAGCUUUCCUGCUUCUAGCCGAUAUGCAUUGGAGUUUUGUGCAGCAGCCCUCAAGCCUGACUGUCAGGAGAGGAGAAAACGUCACGCUCACCUGCAGACCUCCACACAGUCGACCAGAAGCUGAUGUGUCCUGGUUCAAAGGCAACCAGCUUCUCUCUCCAGCAGGAAACAUGACUGUGUUACCCAGUGGAGACCUCUUCUUUCACAGCGUACAGGUGCAUGAUGGUGGCAUUUACUUCUGCAGGGCGUCAAACUCUCACCUCCAAAGAUUCCUCACUUCUAGAAGAGCGACUCUGACUGUGCUGGCCCCUCCUUUAGUGAAAUUGUGGCCCACAGUAUUGAUGGUUCCUGUGGGAGCCCCAGCAGUGCUGGAGUGUGAGGCGUCCGGUCAUCCUUUGCCCUCCAUCAGCUGGAUGAAAAGAGGCCACUCCAAGCAAACCGGAGGGAAGGUUGCACUCGGUCAGAGAAAUGCUACGCUCUACAUCCAGUCAGCCAGGAUCUACGACGAGGCCGUCUACGUGUGUGAAGCCUCCAACGUUUUGGGAAGAAGCCACAGCACAGCCCUGCUGAGAGUUGCUGUGAGUCCCAUUAUUGUGACUUUUGUAAGCAGAGUGAGCAGCACCAUCGGGUCAUCAGUGGUUCUGCCCUGCAGAGCUGUUGGGGUUCAGCCCAUCACAUACAGCUGGACCAGAGCGGAGACUCGCUCUCCCAUCAGCCGCACUGAAACCAGACAUGUUGACGAAAGUGGAGCCCUGCACAUUUCCAGAGUUCAGCAUUCGGAUGCAGGAGAGUUCGUCUGUACUGCUGAGAACGGAGCUGGACGCCAUCAGAGACAUGCAGUCCUCGUUGUCACAGCUGAAGAUCGUCCUGCUUCUAGAGACAAACACACAAAACUGAUUCUGUCUGCUGUGAGUAAAGAUGUGAAAACAUUUCCUCAGAGCUCUAAUGUUGGCGAGGAUCAUCAUGUUUCAGCUGAGCAGAACCUUCGACCAGCUCAUCAUCCCCAUCUGAUGGCUCAGAAAAAGUUAACAUGUUUCAGCUGCAGCAACACGACCACGUCUCCAGCUUUUUCAAGAAAAUUCCCAGCAGAGUUAAAGGCACCGCCGUCGAGGCCUGAUCAGAUUUUGGAGGAAGUGACCCAUCCAGCCCAGCAGCUUGUUGUUUCGCAGAUGCAGCCUCCAAUAUUGCCGCCUCCGCCGCAUCCAAACUUCCUGUUAGGACAUCUCAACCCCAAACUUCCUCUGGAAAAGGAUCAACAUUUAGCCUCAACUAGUCGACCCCUCAGUUCAACGCCGGCAGCUACCAGUCAGGGUUUCAGGGUCAGGAUUUCACCACAUCAAUUUCUGCAAUCUACAGAAAAUAACGAGUCUCCAGUGAAUCUAAAAGACAAACUGAUGGAGUCAGAAACACCAGUGCCAACACAGAUUUCUGUUUCCCAGAUUAAAAUUAAACCCUCAGUGAAAGUUACUCCAGAAGGGGAAUCGUUUCAUUUGAAACCCCAUUCUUUCCACCAACGGAAUAUCCUCUCCAAAAAUGAGACAUCAUCACAGAUUUCUCCAAAUAAACCAACUGCUUUGCACUUUUCAGCUUCUCCCCAACAAACAACUCACCGGCCUGCCACAACAAUGAGUUUUCUCCCAAAGUUUCAUCUUGAAAGCCCCGACAUGCAACUUCCACCAUCUUUAAUCACCAAACCUCCGCCAUUACAGUUUGAUGAUCGACCCACAGCAGCAACGUUAAACCCUGGAUCAUCUCAACAGCACCACCCAGUAUCAGACCCAGUAAACACCAGUCAUGUGUACUGGUUGACCUCCACGCAGAAAGAUCGACCAUCCAACAGCACAAAGCUGACAGACUGGAAAAAGAGGAACACCUCCCAGUCCCCAAUGACCAGCAACGAUCCCAUAGGAACACAACAGUCGCCAUCAUGGCUGCCUGCUCUUGAGAAACACGACAUCCCCAUUGUGGUUGGAGUCGGCAUAUCCCUGGCUUUCAUCUUCAUAACCGUCACUUUUUAUUCAGUCGUCCAGAAGAACGAACCUUUACCCCCGGGUCGAGCAGCCACAUCCUUUGCAGCUCAAAGGAAUCUUGGAGUCCCAAAGAGACACGCUGACUGCCAGGCUGCUGGACACACGUAUGAAAACAGAGCUUUUGAGGACGAUGACUCUGUCACCGUGAUCGAGCAGAGCCCCAACACGUCAGACACACGGGCCCGACCUCCAGGGCCCAGCCUGGUCAUUGUGCAGAUGGAGCCAACGUUUGAGGAGAUUCAAGAUGUCUGCCACCCCGCAGUGGACCACUACUCGGUGACUGUGGAGACUCAUCCUGAGCCCAUUGUUGACACCAAGUUUGACUCAUCGCUGGAGGAAGAUAAAAGAUGCAGUUUGUCGCAGCCCAGCAUCCAGCUGCAGACCACUGAGGACUGGACGAGCAUCUCAGGGGACAACCACAGCCCAUGCCAGGACGCCUUUCCCCCUCCAUCCUCUUUACCCUCUCGCUCCCCAUCCCCGCCCUCCAGACGAGAAGACGCUCUGCACUCCUCUCUGACGCUGCGCAGCGCAGAGCCUUGUGCCGCACCCAUCCACCACAGCCUCAGCAUCUCACAUGGCAGCCCUCCUCUGCUCGUCUCUCACCACGUCUCUCUGGGCCUCACCUCUGUUGCUGUUGACGUCCAGGUCUAUCCUGCAGCCUCUGCUUCAACGGCAGUAAGCAGCAGUACUCACAUCAACUCAGCUUCGAACUCAGCCUCAGUGACUGCACCGCUGUUUAGUCCUCCGUUGUUCAACAGCCGAGAGAACGAUGAUCGAUCGACGGCCAGGUUACAUCAGAGUAAGUAGCUUCAGACAGAUGUUUGACCAAGGAGGAGACUGCAAGUAAAUGUAUCUUAUCAUAAGCAAACUUUAAAUACUUAGUAUUAGGGCUGAAACGAUUAAUCAAUCGUAUUAGUGGUGAUUAACCGAUUAUUCAAAUAAUCGUCAACCAAUUAAGUAAUCGAUUAAUCGUUAACUGGAGUAUACAGGCUCAAAAACGGCCA